CUAUUGCAUCUCCUGUAUGUUGCGUUAUUUCAGAAAUAUCCAGUAAAUCAGUUCUAGUCAAGAAAAUAUGGAAAUGAUUGCUUGUGGAACAAAUAACACCCCUUCAUCAACAAUAAAAACUAUUCGGAUAUCUCGAAUUGUAGAAAUUUAUGUGACUGUUGAAGAAAUAUCUAUUCUAGUUGCCUAUGUCAUGUACAAACAAAAACUACAAUACCGUCAAGAACUCUGCUACAAAAGUACAAUAAACGGAUGCUCAUUGGAAAUCGGAGGAAAGGAAAAAUUUUUCGAAGACCAAAAUUUUAUGGAACUCUUCUUUUCACAUUUGAUAAUUAUUCUAUCCUUAACCAACUUAAUCUCAUAUUUAUCUUUUUUUUAUGAUUAA